AUGGGUUUUAGAUAUACAUUUUAUACAUACCUUAGAAUUAUUAUACUUGUAGAUCGAUACAUACGCACAAUAAACGCAACAACUAAUGAUUAUCAAUUGAUUGGAGUUAGUUAUCUAAUUAUAUGUGUUAAAAUAGAAGAGACAACAACCAGAUCUAUAAAAUCAUAUGAAAUAACCAUAAAAAAUUCCUGUAAAUUAUAA